AUGUUUCCGUCUCUAUCUCCAGAAAGCUGCAAUGGAUAUAACACUGAACAUCAACAGUUCCAGUUCCAAAUCAACAACCUUCCAAUGUUUCAAUCUGCUAGGUCACCUGAGCGACAAUUUAAUCAAACGCAUUACUCUCGAGAAACUUCUCAAGACAGCAUCAAUAUAUGUUCAACAGGCCAACUACAUGCUCUGAUCUCUGCGAUCACAGAAGAUCAGUUGAGAUCAGCGAGAAAUCCAGUGUUUCUGAAGCUGGAGCAGAAGGUCCGGCAUUUAGAGUGUACUGUCCAACUUCAAAACGACCUUUUACUACUCUUGUCUAAAGUCCAAGAAAGACUGAAAGCCACUGAACUCAAAAGAGAAGAUUACCCUCACGUUCUCUUCUGGUCAAAGCCCAAGAAUGUCACAAAAGCUUCCAAGUCCAAGAUCACUACAAUCAAGAUAACUGGGGAUGAGGAUGACUCUGAUUCCCCAGGCUCAGACUCAUCAACCGGCAAGAAAGGGAAGAACCUACCACCUGUGCACCUCCAGAAGGCCAACAGCUUGGUUAUUAGCUUGGUCGAAUACUCAGACUUGCUACAGGAUUGUCGAGGGUUCUGGAACGAUGAUGCGCCUACUAAUGGGGUAGCCACAAAUAAGCUCCUAAUAUAG